AUGGCAAGCAACAGCCAAUUAUGUAUUCGCCGCUGGACCACAAAACAUGUGGCCAAAUGGUUGAGAGAAGAAGGGUUUUGUGACUAUGUAGAUCUCCUGUGUAACAAACAUAGAUUAGAUGGCACCGCUUUGAUGGCCCUAACAGAGUAUGAUUUGCGCUCUCCACCACUGGAAAUUAAAGUUCUUGGUGACAUCAAACGUCUUAUGCUUUCUAUCCGCAAACUGCAGAAGCAGCAUAUCAGUGUCCUAGAGGAGUUGGGGUUGAGUACAGAAGCAAGUCCUGGAACCCUCAGCCUCAGUGCACCACCUAGUCCGGACUGGUUGUGUAAUGGAGAACUGACACGAGACUAUGAUGGACAUGGAGUAGACUCUAGUGUAGAACCUCAUCAGUACUCCAAUGGAAAAAACAAGCAUCCCCCAAAGAGACUUGAUCCUGAGUACUGGAAGACCGCAAUUAGCUGUAUUUAUGUUUUCAUAGUGUUUGGCUUCACCUCUUUCAUAAUGGUUAUAGUCCAUGAUCGAGUUCCAGAUAUGCAGACAUAUCCUCCACUGCCAGAUAUCUUCCUGGACAGUGUCCCUCGAAUUCCUUGGGCUUUCGCAAUGACAGAAAUGUGUGGAGUGGUCCUGUGUUACAUCUGGCUGCUUGUACUGCUUCUUCAUAAACACAGGUCUAUUCUGUUACGCCGCCUCUGUAGCUUAAUGGGUACUGUGUUUCUCUUGAGAUGCGUCACCAUGUUUGUCACGUCAUUGUCUGUCCCUGGUGAACACCUGCAGUGUUCUGGCAAGCUCUAUGAUAAUAUGUGGGCAAAACUUCAGCGUGCCUUCGCAAUUUGGAGUGGCUUUGGCAUGACACUAACUGGAGUACACACUUGUGGGGACUACAUGUUCAGUGGACAUACAGUGGUCCUCACCAUGCUGAACUUCUUUGUAACAGAAUAUACACCUCGAAGCUGGAACUUCUUACACACUCUGUCCUGGGUCCUAAAUCUUUUUGGCAUCUUCUUCAUCUUGGCUGCACAUGAGCAUUAUUCCAUUGAUGUGUUCAUUGCAUUUUACAUUACUACAAGACUCUUCCUUUACUACCAUACUUUAGCCAACACGCGUGCUUACCAACACAGCAGGCGGGCACGCAUUUGGUUCCCUAUGUUCUCAUUUUUUGAAUGCAAUGUAAAAGGACCUGUUCCUAAUGAAUACUGCUGGCCUUUCUCUAGGCCCAUCUUUCUGAAGAAUAUAUUAGGCUAA